AUGGGAAAUGUGACUUCAGGGAAGUUACUUUCUCAAAGUAGAGCUGACCAUGGUGACAUGAUUGGAGUAAAACCAGUGGGAGUGGAGCACUUGAGAUCUUCAUUUGUUGUUGGGGCAAACUCAAGUUGCCACCUUAAGAGGUUUCAAGAAUUGGAACCUGCCACCAAGGGGGUUGCUAAAGAGGUCACAGCUAGUUUGUCCAGUGAGUCUGGGGAGCAAUCUGACAGGAGUUGUGCAAGUUGCAGCAGCCACAGCAGCCAAUGCGAAAAUAAGAGGGUACCUGGGCCCAUGAGAUGGCAGGCUUGGUCAGGUAACCAUUUCCUGGAUAGGCUGGUGCAGACAAUUAGAAAUCAUACACUGGUGCUCUGAAACAUUUAAGAUGAUUGUGUCAAGGUAGAGGCCCUGUUUUUAAGGGCAAUUCAUGACUUUCAAAGAAAAUAUGCUGAACUCAAUAAGCCUCUAUGUGAUAGGCUAUUUCAAAUCAUCAAUGUAGAAUAUGAACCUACAGAAAAAGAAUGUGAAUGGAAUUCAGAAGGUGCAGAUUUCAGCAGUGUUGGGGAGGUGGAGGAUAGCACCUCUAUUGAAAUGGGUGCUUUAGAGGGUAAGGAAGGUGAAGACUCUACAGAAAAUAAGAGGACACUGAGAAAAGAAGUCCACAAAGAAACUCCUGAGGCAAAGGCUGAAGAGAAAGCAGAUUCUAAAGAUUUUCUAGAAGCAAAGGCGAAUGUAAUGGAAGAUCCUAAAGAAAUCCCCCAGGCAAAGAAAGAAAGUAAAGAACAGCCUAAAGCAAUAGAAAGAAAGAAAGGGGCUACAAUAAAAAAGACUCCUAAAAGAACUCCUGAAGCAAGGCCUAAAGGGAGAAUUAAUCUUAAAAGAGCUCUGAAAGGAAAGCCUAAUAAAGAAGAUCCAGAAGGCAUCCCUGACUACUGGUUGACUCUUCGAAAGAAUGUUGAUGUGCUCAGGCCUGUGACAAAGUAUGAUGAGCCCAUUCUGAAGUUCUUGUCAGAUGUUAGCUUGAAGUUCUUAAAGCCUGGGCAGCUUAUAAAUUACACAUUUAAACCUCAUUUUCUUCCCAAUCCAUACUUCAAAAAUGAAGUGCCAACAAAGAUGUAUAUUAUAAAGACAAAGCCAGAUCACGGUGAUCACAUUCUCCCCUUUGGAUGGAUAAUUGAAGACUGCAAAGGUUGUAGGAUGAAUUGGAGAAUAGGAAAGGAUGUUACUGUGGCAACCACCCAUGGUUGUACAGCAGUCACUGGGGACAUUAAAAACCAGCCAAAAGUGGUUCCCAAUGCAUCAUUUUUCAAUUAUUGCAAUCCUCCUGAGAUUCCCCAAAUCAGAAAACUGGUGCCAGAAGAUGCUAUCCUUGAUGAGGGCUUUGCUACUGGUCAAAUUUUACAUGAUAAAGUCAUCCUGAACUCAAUUAACUAGUAAUCAGGAGAAGUAAAAAGUACAUAUGAAAAUGAUAAAGCUUGUGGAAAUAGGAAAUAUAAAAAUUAA